CCAGUACCACUCCUGGAGAAACGACUACAACGUCUGUGAGUACCACAACUACACCAGGCCCCAGUACCACUCCUGGAGAAACGACUACUACAGGACCAACUGGUUCAACAUCUAUUGGUCCAGUCACUCAGACAACUCCCCCUACAACUUCAGUAUGUGUCUGCAUCGUGAAUGGAACUUCUUAUAAUCCUGGUGAGAUGGUGUACAAUGUCAGUGAUGGCGGUGCGUUUUGUUAUGUUGCUACUUGUAAUGCAUCGUGCCAAAUUGUGGUGAUGAGCGAAGUUUGUGCCACAACACCUGGCACAACUACUACUGCGAUCACUACCACUACAACAGUCUCUUCCUCUACUCCCACCCCAACAACAAGCGAGUCUACAACUACCCUUGACUGCAUCUAUGAGGACCCACCAAGAAAGAACGGAGAAACCUGGAAGGUUGACAAUUGCACCACAGCUGUUUGCAGCAAUGGCCUUGUCAGUAAUAAAAGUACAGAGUGUCAAGAAGUGCAAAAACCCAUCUGUGCCAGUGGAGACGAAGCAGUCAAGGUUUACGAUGAGGACGGAUGCUGCUUCAAAUAUGAAUGUCAAUGCAUGUGCACUGUGUGGAGUGCACAAAACUACAAAACAUUUGAUGGAAAAACCUACAACUUCAACAAGAACUGCACUUACUACCUGGUCAAAGAGAGUAUUAAUCAAUAUAACCUAAGUGUUAUGGUCAAUAACCAUGAAUGUGAUCCCUCAACUGGGCAAAUAUGCCAGCAGGAUGUCAUUGUGGAGUACAAAAACACCGAGGUCCUCUUGACCCGACUGAUAUCUGACGGAACACUUGUAAAUGCAGCGUUUGUGAAUGGCAAACGUGUUUAUCCCACUUACAGGAAUAAGGACGUGAGAAUCACCGCCACAGAUUCAGUGUUGAGGUUAAGGUUAAAGAAAAUCGAUUUCAAAGUGAUCUUCAAGUGUUCAACAGUCGUCAUUCGCAUGGGCGAAGAAUUUCAAGGAAAGACUGAGGGACAAUGUGGAACCUGUGACAACAUCCAGUCCAACGACUGUCGAUCUCCCAACGGUCAGGUGGAAGACUGCCAAGACUCUGCUGAGGACUGGGCUGUCCCUGGUCAAGACUGUAUAACCACCACGACUGUCCCAACAACACCCAUAACCACCGUCCCACCUUCAACAACACUGUCCACAUGUAGACCUGCCAUCUGUGACCUCCUUACCUCCAGUGUGUUUGCACCAUGCAAUGAAUACAUCUCCCCAGGACCCUUUGUGGCAACCUGUCAAUCUGACAUCUGUAACUACAAUAAUCAUACUUGCGAAAGCCUCGACGCCUACGCCACAGAGUGUGCCAGCGAAGGAUACUGCAUUGAUUGGAGGAAUUCGACCAACGGACAGUGCGAAAUCAAGUGUCCAAAGAACCAAGUGUACAAGGCGUGUGGUACCACUAUGGAGCCUACAUGUGACCAAAGAUACAACGACAUGAACCAGGCCAAUUCAACCACAGAGGAGAAAUACGAGGGCUGCUUCUGCAUUGAGGGCACCACAUUAUUCAACCCAGUCCAUGACAAAUGCGUUAAUGCCUGCAAUUGUGUUGGACCUGAGGGAGAACCCAAAGAAGUUGGUGAAACCUGGACAAAUAACUGCAAAGAAUGUGUGUGUGACAAGGACACCCUGAGCGUCCAGUGUGAGCCUGUUCAAUGCCAAAUACAACCGACCCCCAACUGCUCUGAGGCAUACCAGCUGGUCAAUAGGACAGUGGACUGCUGCACUGAGGAGCUGUGUGUUCCUAAGGACGUAUGUGUGUACAACAUGACGGUGUACAAGCCUGGUGAAAAGAUACCAACUCCAGAAACACCAGGGCCAACAACCACCACCACACAACCAGAAACAACCUCACCACCCGGACAAACAACCACAACAGCCCCAUCGGGAGGACAAACAACGACAACAGCCCCAUCGGGAGACAACAGCCCCAUCGGGAGGACAAACAACGAUAACAGCACCAUCGAGGACAAACAACGACAGCACCAUCAGGACAAACAACACAACAGCACCAUCGGGAGGACAAACAACCAUAACAGCACCAUCGAGGACAAACAACAGCACCAUCAGGACAAACAAACAGCACCAUCAGGAGAAACAACAGCACCAUCAGGACAAACAACAACAUCAGGAGGACAAACAACAACAGCACCAUCAGGAGGACAAACAACAACAGUAUCACCUUUGUCUACUACACCAUUUGUUCACAAACCUGGGCCCUGCCAGGAGUGUUACUGUGGACCUAAUAAAGAUCCCGUCACUGGGUUGAACAUGAUUGGAUGCCAGCCUGUUGUCUGCAACACCAGCUGCUCUGAGGGUUACGAGUAUAUUCCUGAUCCUGAGAAGUGCUGCGGGAGCUGCGUUCAGAAGAACUGUAUUCAUGAAUUCGAUAAUGGCACAGUCAUUGUUAUGGAGCCCAACACCAGUUAUGUGCCGCCGGAAGACAAGUGUACGGAGUAUCAAUGUACAAAAGUCAACGGAAAGAUUAAGGUCACUGUGAUUCAGAAAACCUGUCCUCCUUUCAACCCCCUGGACUGUGAACCUGGCACUGAGACGACCGAUGCUAACGGAUGUUGCAGAUCUUGUAAGAUCAGGACCAUCUGUGAGCUCAAGACUACUGAGACCUACAUCAAAGUGAAUGACUGCACCAGUGAUCAGAUGGUCAGUUUGUCACACUGCGCCGGACUGUGUGGAAGCACAUCCAAGUAUUCUGCAGCAGCUAACAAAAUGAUGCACAAGUGCGAGUGUUGCCGGGAGGACGAAACCGAACAGAAAGAGGUGAACAUGAACUGCAACGAUGGCUCCAAGAGGAAGCACACCUACACCAAGGUGAAGUCAUGCAAAUGCACCGUGGCAGAGUGUGUGCCAGGGAGCGGGGGCAAGUAACAGCCCCGGCGGGAGCAUACCCGCCGUGGCUCCUGACUGAUCACUGGACUGACUUCCCUCCGAACACGAUACAAGUCUUAAUUUUAAAUCUUUAAACUUUUCUCAGAUUUUUGUUGUAUUUAUAGCUCAACAUGCUACACUGAUUAAAACUUCCUUCAUCUCAGGAUUUUUCUUCACUGAAAGUAAUUAAAAUUAUAUUCCUGCAAUACAAA